GUAGUGUGUGAGUAAUUACAUACAUUGUGGAUUUGAGUAGCGCAAAGCGAAAACAAGACUUGAGAAUUACAGAUCAAGAACGCAGUAUCACUCUGCAAUCGAGUCUUGAAGCGAAAAGAAGUGGAGACGAUUAUAUAAUUCUUUGCUUCUUAAAAAAAUUUUUAAAAAAAAUUCUUUUUUUUUUAGAAAAACAUCUAUUCUCUUAUUCUCUCUUUUUCUCGCUUAUCUUAUUGUAUUUAAUUAUACUACAUUUGUAAUUAUAAAGCAUGAUAAAUUGUAAUAUAUAAUUAGUGAUGAUCUAGUGAUAUCUGCUAAAAGUGUUACAAAUAUCUUGGUGAAACAUCAUUCCUUUUUAAUAUCAAGUGCUCCGACAUAACGGAUAGUUAUAAAAAUGGAGUUGAUCUCUUUGAUACUGUGCGCCUUGUUCGUUGUUUUAAUAAUCUCAAUUAUAUCGACAGUAUAUCAUCAUUACAUUCUUCGACGAAAGCUCAAAAAUAUUCCUCAAAUCGGUAGAUUUCCUUUUGGCGUGGCAUUUGAAUUAAUGAAGCUGUCCGACUAUGAACGCGUACUAUGGUUUGCGCAACGUAUGGUUGAUUUUAAAGAUGGAAUUUUCAUAUAUUGGAUUGGCUUGAAACCACUUAUUAGUAUUUAUAAACCUGAAAUUUUAGAGAUUAUUUUACCUAGCACCGUAAAUAUCGAGAAAGGAUUUCCUUAUUAUAUGAUGGAAUCUUGGUUAGGCAAAGGACUUCUAACUUCUACAGGAAAACAAUGGAACCAUGAUAGAAAACUUAUUACACCGACGUUCCAUUUUAGUAUAUUGGACCAAUUUGCUGUGAUUAUGUCUGAAAAAGCAGAGAUCUUGACAAAAUAUCUCGAGAGGGAAAUAGCAAAGAAUCCAGAGAAAGCCAUCAAUAUUUUUCCGUUUGCUAACAAUGUUGCUCUCGACGUUAUAUGUGAAACGGCGAUGGGUGUGGAUGUACAUGCUCAAGAAAGUGAAACCAAGUAUACCACAACAAUACAUAGAACAUCUAAAUUAAUAUUUGAUCGAUUUAUUCAACCGUGGUACUGGUCGGAUUGGUUGUACGACAUAAUGCCUUCGGGAAAGGAACAUAAAUCAUUGGUUAAUAUAAUACAUACGUUUACGAAAGAGGUGAUACGUAAGAAGAAGAUCGCACGACAAUCGGGAAACAGGUCUACCAAAUCGGAAAACGAGGAUGACGAACUUGAUAUAGGUAAGCGAAGGAGGAAAGCUUUUCUGGAUCUGUUACUAGAUCAGAAUGAGAAGGACGAAACUCCGUUAACUGAUGAUGAAUUGAGGGCACAAGUCGACACAUUUAUGUUCGAGGGUCACGACACAACUGCGGUUGCGAUAACUUGGACGCUCUUCAAUAAUCUCGAACAUCAAGAAAAAGUUCAUGAAGAACUCGAGGAAGUUUUCAAAGAUUCAAAGACACCAGCCAGCGUAAAGGAACUGUCGCAGUUGAAGUAUCUUGAGAGGAUCAUAAAAGAAACGCUCAGAAUAUUCCCAAGUGUACCCAUAAUCACAAGGAAAUUAGUAGAAGAUGUAAAAAUAGGUGAUUAUACACUCCCGAAAGAUGCUACAGUCAUGUUGGAAAUCGCAUUAACGCAUUUAAAUCCAGAAGUUUGGUCUGAUCCAAAUAAGUUUGAUCCAGAUCGCUUUCUUCCGGAUAAUUCGAAACAUAGGAAUCCAUAUGCCUACAUUCCAUUCAGCGCUGGACCAAGAAACUGUAUCGGUCAGAGAUUUGCUUUACUCGAAGAGAAAGCGAUAUUAACAGCUAUUUUGAGAAAAUGGAAAGUUAAAAGUGUAAAAACAACUGAUACAGUUCAAUAUGGGCUCACUCUCAUUUACCGACCGUGCGAAGAGAUAUUCAUCCAUUUCACGCCAAAGAAAUAAUCAACUUAUCAUACCAUGUACUCUAUACACUUUUAUAUAUACCUUGAAAUAUAUGGUGAUGGUUUCGAUAGGGUUCCCGUCGUACGGAGAAUGAUAUGAUGUAACGGAUUGUAAAUACCGAAAUUGUGAUAUAAUAAUGAACUUUUAUAUAAACUUACGUUGAGGAUGAAUACUUUAUGUGAUAUUUAUUGUAAUUUUUCGCGAGAUAUUUACUUUGAAACAGUGGCAAACGCGAAAAUUACAGAGCCAUUUGAAUUUCGCGAUUCAUCGCGGUGCAUUUCGACAAUAAUCGCAGAAUAUGAAAUUGAAGACUUAAAUGUCUCGAUAAUUUUAAAUCCGUUUUAACCCAAUAUAAGACUAUACAUUAAAAACGGAGAUUGCAUAUAUGAAGCAUGUAAAUGCAAAAUGAUGUAAUAUAAACAUUUUGAUAAAGUUGCGAAAAUGUUUUG